AUGGCGCAGGCCAAGCUGAAUGACUUUUUCACAUCCAAGAAGAGAACCGACUCUCCCCAGGCGGCAAAACGGCGUAAAAUUGAGAUCAGUUGCCCAGAUAAAAAAUAUAGUAGAAGUAAGCUGAAGUGUGAUGAUGCUGAAAGCCCAGGUUUGUUUGUGUCGGAUAGUAAAUCGCAACUGGAAGACGUCGUUCCAGUCACAUACACAACACAAGAAGAAGAGAGCUCAAGUUCUGUACUACCUAAUGUCACGUGUACCAUCUCUAAACGUACGAAAGAUUCCGUUUCUCGAGUUGCUGUCAGAAGAUCCGGCAGAAGUCAGAAUGACAAGCGCUCGAAGGAAUCGAUUUUUGCAGGAAAUAAAAAUAAAAGCAAGAAGACAAACACCUUGAAGUCAGAACCAGGGCAGGUCAAGUUGACAGAUUUACUGAAGAAGUCCGCACCGAACCUGUCGUCGGCAAACGACGAUGAUUCAGCAUCCAAGAGCUCAGUGUGUACAACUACAAGUAGCGGAGACAGUGGGGAGGACCUGCAGCUAGAUAUUACCAUAGAGGAAAGGACGGUAGUUGCCGAGGAAGUUACAUCAGUCUGGGAUAAUCAUGGCCAAAGAGAGGGAAACACCCCACGGAAGAGGAUUAUCACAAUAGAGGAAACAGCUUUGGAAGGAUCCCACCUUCCCAGACGAAAAAUGUCUAUUCGGAAACAAAGCCCUGCUGAAUCACAAGAUGUGGCCAGGUCAGAGGCUGCCAAGAAAAAACUAGUUCUGUCUCUGUCGCCCAACACAGCAGCUGGGCCGUCAAAGCAUGAAGAUGAUGAGGCAGAUGACACUGACAACGAAGUGGUUGCUGUCCUUACUGGCAAGUCACGCCUGCUAGCGCUGGUGUCAGAGAUCAUUGUACCCCUAGAUUCUGCUGUGUCACCACUGCCAGCGACACCAGAGCGUCCACAAGAGGUCUCCUCGUCCCCUGAGCCUGUGACGCCCAAACUGCAGAACUUAUCAGAAAAACUGAAAGUACUUUCUAAAAUGAAUGGCCAGGCUUUGAGAAAUCGGCUAAAGCAGAGCGGCAAACUGGGUGACCUUCAUGAGAGGCUAGGUCAGCUGGACAGAGCCAUCAAAGAGAAGAAGAGUCAGGCAGAAACAGCGGAGACACCUGCCAGGGCAGAGACUGACAAGUCAGAGACAGUCUUGCCAGCCCAUCAGAGAUUUGAGACCCUGGUAGAGGAGGGGCCGCCCUCGCUGUCGCUGCCCUACACUUACAGACUGUUGGAGAGCACUUUCCAGGCCAUGGACACGGUGGUCAGCAUGAUGCACAACCGAUCCGAGAUGUGCACCUUCAGCAAACUCAAAGCUGCCGUCCAGAACAUGACCAAGAAAAACUUUGAAGAAACAACGGUUGGUCAGAUAAAGACUAUUGUGCCGGAUGCCUACAUCUUCCGACAAGAAAACAACAUCCCAACAUUUGGUCACAAGACUAGCGGCUAUCAGCUGACAGUGGAGGCCAGUCUGGGAGAAGAUGCUGGAACCAAUGAGGCAGCCAAGACAUCUACAGGAAAGCCUACAUUUACAGCAUCUGCCUUGUUGAAACGUAAACUGCGCUUUAAAAACAACUUGCUGACGUACCUGAAACACAUCCACAAGGAAUUUUUAGCUUCUCUCAAAUACCCGCUGUCAGUACCUGACGACAAACUGACCCGAUGGCACCCACAUUUCCAACUGGACAAAGUUGCCCAGGUUGUUGCAGCUCCUUUGCCUCAACCACCAGAUGUCAAGGUAUACCACUCGGCCAAGGACGUGCUUGAAAAGCAACGGGGAAAAUUGAACCCACGGGUGGAGGCAGCUCUGUCCAAGAUUGUGUCCGAAAAGGAAGAUCGGACAAGUGACAAUAAUUCCCAAGGCCGUUCGGUGUCUUCCUCAUCUACACCAGCGUCAUCAUCUACCUCAUCAGAACAAAAUUCACCGUCCCUGAGAGGUAUCCCUCCAGCACUUCUUGCCAAGAUCCGUGCCAAGGAAGCCCAAAAGAUGGAGGAAGCACUGACCCGAAGUCCCGCUGAGGACAACAAGACCAGGAUCAUGAGCCACCUGCCAGAGAUCAUGCGCAUUCUCAGAACGUAUUUUAUCACAGAGAAGAAGCCUGCGGUUCCCCUAGAGGCUGCCUACAAAAAGUUGGAAGAGAGCUACCACACAGGGAUUUCACAUCGAGAGCUGGAGCAGCACGUUGAGAUGCUGAAGGAGCUGGCCCCAGAGCUGAUUACCGUCGUGGAGAUCAAGCGUGGCAAGUUCCUCAAGUUGGACAAAAAUGUGGACAUCCAGGCUAUUUCUAGCCGCAUUCUCAACCUGGUCACAUCCAGGAAAUAA